CUUUCCCGGUGGGUGGUCUGUGCCCCAGGUCUGCCCAGGCCAGACCCCCACCCACCAUGGAGCACCCUAAACCCUUCUCCAUGCCUGCAGCUUCCCAGGAUGGCUUCAGCCCCCAGGGCCUCGGGAACAACGUGGGCGCAGGUGGCUGCCCUGUGCUCACAGGCACCGACACUCUGCCCACCAUGGCCUCUGCGAACCUGCUGUACCAACCCCCAACCUUGGAGAAAGAUGUGUUUCCUGUUCCCCCAGCAGGCUUCCAGAUGGCCCCCUGUGGGUGUUUCUUCGACCCCCGCAUCUACCGAAUCGAGUGGGCCACCACCGACUUCGGCCAGGCCCUGUACAAGCUGGCGGUGGCCAAGGGCCCCGCCUCGCCAGGCAACUACCUCCUGGAGCCCCAGUGCUAUGCCAAGGCCCCAGUGCCACCCCCGUACCCCCACUACCAACCAGCAGGACCCCCAUACCUCAUGCCCUACUUCCCGCCAGAGAGGCCCAGCCACGAGGCCCUGGGCUUCGUGGGGGGCAGGGGACCCCCUGGCUUUGUGGAGCUGCCCUCACUACUGCUCAAGGGAGGCCGGGCCCCCCUGCCACCUGCCAAAGACACCACAGUGCCCCCGCUGCUCGUCUCACUGCCUGCUGAGGCCCCACUGGCCCCUGGCACCUUCAGUCAGCCCCAAGGUCACCAAGGCCAGGUCCCAGGGCCCGAAGGCCUCGGGGAGCCUGCUGAGCCCUUGGUCUUCUCCACCAAGGCACUGCAGGGCUGCAGUGAGGCUGGGCUGCACCUGUCCCAACCACCGCCGCCUGCUCCCUGUGAGCCCAAAGCCUUGGAAGCCACCUUAUCAGGCACAGGCCGUACUGAGCCGAGAGCUGGAGUCACCCCAGUGUGCAAGGUGCCUGGGCCGCGCCUCCUGUGCCUCCCCAGCAGUGGGCAAUGCCCCCCCAGUGGGCCACACACCCCCAACAGUGGGCCGCACCCCCCCAAUACUGGGCAGUGCCCCCCCAAGAGCAAGCAGUGCCCCCCCAAGAGUGGACCACGCCUCCCCAGCAGCAGGCAUCGCCCCCCCAAGAGCCACGGUGGCCAGGACACCUCAGUCAGUGACAUCCACUCACUGCACCUCCCUGAAGAGCUGCUGUCAUUUGACUACAGUGUCCCUGAGAUCCUGGACACAGUAUCCAAUGUGGACUAUUUGUUCAACUUUAAGGCACUAGAUGAGGAGCCACAGGCCUGCCCUGCCACCUCUGGAGCCGACCCUGUGGCCCCUGUCCCUCAGGCUGACACCCGUAGGAAGAAGCGGGCCCCUUCCUCCGCCAGGAAGGGGAAGGCGGGGGGCAAGGGCAAGCAGGCUGCCACUGGGGCCAGGCAGGACCUGGACUCUGCCCCCCAUUAA